UUGUGUUUUAAAUGCUUGCAAUGAAGGAACAAUGUUCACAAAAGAAUUCUUUGUGAACAUCGUUGUCUCCUAAGGGUGCUGUGAGAACACUGCUUUUAAAAGGGCAAUACCAUGAAAGAAUUGAUGUUAGGGACACCUAUGCAUGUGAACACACAUACACGCGGGCAUAGAGGGAGAGAUGCAGUAACACAAUACUGCAUGCAGACAGCGAGAGAAACAGAAAGAGAGAGAUGAAGAUAAAAGAAAGAAGCUGAACUUUCUGUAAUCAAUAUUUGUCAUUUUCGAAACAGGAAGUUGCGAAAGUUUGCUCUACAUCCUCCUUCACAGACUCGUGAAAUGACUUGCUGUUACCGCGCUUACUGGACUUUUCAAACAGACACAUUUUACAAAACGACAUUCAUUCCUCUUUGUUAAUCAUUCACACGUCUGUAGAAAGGUAAAGAUAAGUGAUUUGAGCUUGUGACCCAGACGAGAAUUCGUCCGACGAAUAUAAAAAAAGUUAAUGAUGUUCAAGAGGAUUGACAUUCCAGCAAAGAACCAGGUGCUGUUUAAUCAUUUGAUUAAAAAGAAUUUUAUGUAUCAAUCGGGAUUUCGAAAGUCUUUAAUUUGAAAGAUCUCCCGUCAGCUGUAGUCCAUACCUCAUUGACUUCCUUGUCGCCAUGUUCAUGUCACAGGCACACCUCUUACUUUUGUGGUUGUAAGGUAAGACACAUGUGUUGGAAUUUUGUGGUGUGCUUUUACAAUCGUCAUUAAAAUGUAUUGAAAUCUUAACUGUGUGCUUUAAUUGCUGUAGCCACUUUUUCAGGAUGUUAAAACGAUGUGUUUAUCUCGCCAAUAGAGAGUUCUAGAAAUACCACUGCCAGCUUCAGUAACCCAAAGCUCGCUCUCCAUGCAACGGGUUCAGAAACUUCGACACGCAUCAGAUGCAAGCGACCUUUGCAAUGGCUUUCAGUGAAGAAGUUGUUAUCAGCCACGUGUAAGGGCUUCCGGAAACGGCGGAAAUCAAUCUUUAAACUGUUUGUUUCAGGAAAGCAGCUUGUCCCGUGGUAGAUAACGAGAUCAGCACGUGCACUAGACCCACGAUGACCACAAGUAAAAGCUGUAAGCCAAAUCGAAAAUGUCCCCGUUCUUCAUUUCAGAAAUAAACCUCCAUUUUUCUGUUGUAAACUAAUAUGAUAAGCUUUCUUUUCCCUCCCCCGCACCUUCACGUCUCUCUGCCUGUGUAAUAUCUGUAAAUCAGUGAUUUCCUUCAAUGUUGAGCAGGAACACUAAGCGAUUAUCGCACAAAAACAUCUGGCCUCAUCGUUUAAUUUGUCAUAAUACAAACGCAGAAUUUUAUCAUAAUGUGUAACUGCAGCCGUCAAAAAGUGGUCAGUAAAAAAACAAGUGUAGUUUAAGACGACCCAUUCAAGAAAAGGAAAAGAAGAAAAAAAAUUAUUGGUCGUUAAAGACUUGACAUGAAGACUGUUGAACUUUUCUGCCAUCUGUUGCUGCUGUUUCUUGAUUUGAGUGAAUUUCUUGCGGCUUCAGCUUCACCUGCAAGCUCCGCCGGAUGUACCCACACCUGUGGAAGAUGCUCAAAUCGAGCACCGUGCAUUUCUACAACAGAACUCUGUCCUACUGAGUGCGAAGACGGAUGGCAGACAGACCAGUGCAAGGCCAGGAGCUCUUAUCAGAGAAUGGACCUCGUCUUCGUAGUAGAUGUCCUCCUACAGUGUGGGAGCUGCUUACUUCGAACAAAUAAAGUAUUUCAUCAUCGACAUUGUAAGAGGCCUUCCCAUCGGUCGUUCCACUGUACGUGUCGCCCUAGUCCGCUUUGAUUCGCGAGUUGAAAUCAUCAACGGUUUCCUCGACAGCCUGGCAGUGUUCACAGAGUCUGUGUGCAACAUGACCUACCCGAGUAAUUUCGGCACGAACACGGGUGGGGCGCUGAGAACAGUUCGGGAAACGGUCCUUGAGGGGCGGGAAAAGGAAGACGGUGUCAAGGAUGUAGUAAUCACGAUCACCGAUGGCAUGAGUGAAGAUCCAGAUGCAACCAAAGAGGAAACAACUCUGCUGCGUGAGCAAGGGGUGCAACUGGUGUGGCUGUACGUAUACAAAGUGGCGGGACCCAUUGUGGACGAGAAGAACUUCAUGGACAGCCAGGGAGACACAGUGACUUGGAUUGAAAGCUUCCGAGACCUUUCAGACGAUGUAUUCUGGCAGGUGCUCGAGGCUGUUGGUGCAGCCGUACACAGAGCUGUGGAAACCAUGGCAACCUAGCACCGUGUGGUACAACAAUUCACUGUUUUAGCGGACGCGACAACCUAUGGAAGGGAGACAACUGCAAGAUGAGUACGUAGAUAUGUAAAGCUAUUUCUUUCCCUUUACGUCCUGACUUUCGCUGCUCUUUGCUUGAUAACUAAGAAACUAAUGUCUUCAAAAUGUCCUCACAGGUGUAUUUACUGUUUUAGUUUUCUAAAGCAACGUAUAAAGAAAAAUGUUUCUAUUUUUUCUAAGGUUAUCUUCCUUUCGCAGUCGCGUAUCAAAUGAAUCAUUUCUCAGCCGCAGUGGACCGUGAACGGUGUUUGCAAACUUCGUCGCGUUAAAGAAAGUGGUCCUGAGUCACUUUCUCGCCGUCGAUUGUAUUUGCCGAGUCCGCCGCUGGUGUUGCAAACACCAGAUAUUUGAUGGGUUUGUAUCUUUAGUCUCCAGUCUCAACAUUUGCAUUUUCCGGGUGCGCUUUUAGUUCUUCAAACAAGACUAUUUUUUGAAGGAGCCAUCUAAAUGUGGAUGAUGAAAUUUUAUGAGAAUGCUAACUUCUUGCUGUCACAAGAAAGUAGAACUAAAUAUAUCAUAUUUAAGGGAUAUUUAUUAUUGACAAGAAAGAUCACCCAUGAUGCUUAUCGGCGAGGAGUUCAGUCUGCUGACCACACGACCAUUUUCUGCUGUCCACGUGACUGUGUUGUGGACGACAGAUCCUGGAGCUGCUGAUGACAGGAGAGAGACACACUUCAGUCCACGAGCUUCUGUAACAUUGCCUUCAAGACGAUGUCCACGCCGUCAGGUAGAAACCCGCAACAGGUAGCAAGGUGGUGCACACGUUACUUAACAACACUGUCGUUGUCUAGAAUUUUGUUAUUAUUAAUCUUGACUUGUCUCCUCAGAAAAGCGCUGGCAUGACACAAAACAUCUCUCGCGGCUUUGGACUUUGAAGUUUGCAAAUUUCACAAUCACAUGUGAUAUAUUAUAAUCGCUGAACAAUACUAGAAUUAAUGCAUGAGACAGUGUCGGUGGGUGAGGUAAGGUGGAUCAAAGCAAUCAGUUUCAGUCUACAUGUAUACAACCAGUUGAGAGUUUUCACAGACAUUGUCGUUGACGUAGUCGCGUGAUAUUUGCUCCUUCUUUCUUCAACAAAAACAAAACAACUAAAAUUGAUCUGAGGUACACAAAAACUGAACACCACAUCUUUCCCGAAAGACAGAGCCUUCACACCGCUACACCUUGUGUCCCUUCACUUUCCAUGUCUCCUUAGGAAGUGAAACAUGGGCGGCGACAGAUAAUCAUUGUCUUCCCCCUUCCUCUUCUGCUAUCAUAAAAAAGCCAUAUUAUUCAU